AUGGCGGAUAGCGCUGAGUGGGUGGCACUUACCGCACUUGUAGCUACGAGAAUGCGCAUGUCUGCUACGCUUCACGACCUGCGUCGUCGUCUCUAUCUGGAGUACUUGCGUUCUGAGAGGGAACGUCUGUUGCGCGUUCGCCACUAUCUGACGGUCGGAUGUCUGUCACAACCCGUGUGGGCGUCCUGGAUGAAUCUGUGGCACCACGGUAACGACCUCAAACUCAUCAAUAUGACCAGCCUGAGCCGUCGAUCCUUCAUGCUACUCAUGGAAAGGUUUUCGCUCUUCUACAUUAUCCCCACGCACUACCCUAAAGGGGGCCGACCGCGUAAACUCCAGAAGAUUCACCAAGUGCUGGGGCUGUUGCUUAUGUUGGGCCUAUGCAGAGUAAUGCUCUUUGUAUGA